GCCAAAAAUUUCCCCACCUCUAGACGCCCUUUCCCCUCCCCCCGAGAUCCCAUCCAUGGCCACCUCCCGCCCCCGGAUCUGGCGCUGAGCCCGCCAUUGCCGGAUCCCUGCCAGGUCUCCACCCCGCCGUCGCGCUCCCGGCCCGGUUCUAUUGGGCGCGGCGUGGCAUUCCCUUUCUUCUUUGUGCGCUAACCGGGGGGUGGUGGUUGAUCUGUACUGGCGGGUGCAGCGCGCCUUGCGAUCUCUAGCUGUUGCUGCGGGAGGACCGGCCGCCUCGUCGCCGUUGCCAAGUGCGCUCUUUUAAAGCCCGAAGAUUCGCCCCCUCCGCGUGUUCGUGUCGCCGAGAGGAGGUCGGACUUGUCGGAAUGGUCGUCUAAUUGGGGAGAUUUGAUGUGUUAUUGGUGCCGCCGGAUCUCGCCGACAUGUGGAAGCAAUUUAUCGGAAAGCUAUCGUGGAAGUCAAUGAAAUCCAGCUCUGGCAGCGGGGGGUCGCCGCCGGCGCCACUAUCGUCGCCGCGGGAUAAUGGAGCCUCACCGCGGGAGAAUGGGGCCACGGGGAAGCCUAACGUCUCGCCUCGGUCUCCCGCGGCUGGCGCCGGAGCCGGAGCCGAGGUGAGGUCCAGGGAGGACGCCUUUGUCCAGAAAGUUAACAUUUGCUGCGCGGUGUACGACUUCUCCGACCGAGGCAAGGACUCGCCGGAGAAGGAGCGGAAGCGGCAAAUGCUCAUGUCCCUCGUCGACUGCAUUGGCGCCGCCGAGGAGCCGCUCACGGAGACGAUGAUAGCAGCGUGCGUGCGCAUGUUCGCUGCUAACCUGUUCAGGGUCUUCCCGCCCAAAGUCCGGUCUGGCACCUCGGCUUCGGAGACCGAGGAGGACGAGCCGUUCUUCGAUCCGUCCUGGUACCACCUGCAAGUCGUUUACGAGUUUCUCCUUAGGUUUGUGACCUCACCACUCGUGGAUGCUAAGGUGGCUAGGAAGUAUGUGGAUAGCCCUUUCGUCUCCAAGCUGCUCGAUCUGUUUGAUUCGGAUGACCCGAGAGAAAGGGACUGCUUGAAGACAAUAUUGCAUAGGAUAUAUGGCAAGUUCAUGGGAAACCGACCGUUCAUCCGUAAGGCUGUGAGCAACAUCUUCUAUAGGUUUGUGUUCGAGACGGAUCACCACAAUGGGAUUGCCGAACUAUUGGAGGUCUUUGGCAGUGUGAUAAGUGGGUUUGCAAAGCCAUUGAAGGAGGAACAUAAGUUGUUCUUAUGGAAAGCAUUGAUACCACUUCAUAAGCCGAAAUCAAUGGGAGUGUAUCUGCCACAGCUGACAUAUUGCAUCACACAAUUUAUUGACAAGGAACCAAAGCUUGCUGGGACUGUGAUCAGGGGCCUGUUAAAGUAUUGGCCAGUUACAAAUAGUCAAAAGGAAAUGAUGUUUUUGGGGGAGUUGGAGGAGGUGCUGGAGUUGACUGACAUGGCUGAAUUUCAGAAGUGCAUGGUCCCCUUAUUCCGGAAGAUUGCUAGUUGCCUGAAUAGCUCUCAUUUUCAGGUUGCAGAGAGAGCCUUGUUCCUAUGGAACAACGAGCACCUAUUCGACAUGAUCUCCCAAAACCGCCAAGUAAUCCUACCAAUCAUAUACCCAGCUCUGGAGAGGAACACCCGCUGGCACUGGAACCAGUCGGUCCUCAACGUAACCAUGAACGUGCGGAAAAUGUUCCGCGACAUGGACGAGAGGCUGCUUCAAGCCUGCCACGACAACUUCCAAGAGGAAGAGGAGAAGCGGGCCGUGACUGAGGAGCGGCGGAGGCUCAUGUGGGAGCAGCUGGAGCGAAGUGCCGCUCGCGGGUACCACCAGCCGACGACGAUCGCUGCCGAUGCGAGCAGCUUCCCCGCGCCCUCUUCAUCGGCUCGUCUUGUAUCCCUCACCGUGACAUGAGAACACGAGGUUGCAACCAGAUGUUGCUCUGUUUUCGCCGCUUGGUAGCUAAAGCUAGAUGAUGGAGUUGCUUGCUUCGCUGGGGGAUGCACGCACGAAGGCAUUUUGUUACCUUCUGUGUAUGCAUAACCCCCCUUGUCAAAGUCUGUAAUUAAUAGCUGACGGUUUGAGGACAAAGGGACGUUUUGGAUUUUUGCAAUGGCGUAUUCUUGAAAUGGGCAUGGUGUUCUCUUCUUGCUGCCUAAAUGUUGUCUGGUUCUACCACAGCGCUCUCUGCUGUGUAUCUGGACAGUAUGUAUGCCCCAUGGGAGGAUGACAAUCGACAAGUUUGCAGCUUUCCUUU